ACGACCGAAACAGAGAUGGAGCGACUCAUCUGUCUUGCCUUGAUUUGUGUGGCCACGGCUCCGGCCAGUAUGACAGUUGACCCCAGAGGAGCUCGCCCGGUGGAGCAGGGCACCAGAGAUGAAAAGUGUGCCACUCAGAAGGAAUGGCCUUUCUGCACAGACGUAGAAUGGGGCCCUAAAUGUCCAUCCGGCUGCAGGAUUCAGGGUCUGAUGGAUAAAUUUGACCACGACCUGCUGAAGAAAAUCGAGAAAGUCCGAACCCUUUUGGAUCAGAACAAAGUCAAGCACCGCACUGCUGAUCAGUCUACUAAACAGACCUUCGACUUCCUGAAGGAAAAGCUCACCCUCGAUGCUGGUAACGACGGCAACUACUACAACCUGGCCCAAAGUCUGCGUACGAGAAUCAAAAACAUGAAGAUCACGAUCAACAGACAGCUGAAGGUCCUGGCCGCCCUCAAGGAUCAAGUCAGAGACCAGGUGGUCGAGAUGCAGCGACUUGAGGUGGACAUCGAUAUUAAGCUCCGUUCCUGCAAAGGAUCCUGUGCAAGUUACACUGAGUACCAGGUGGACAAGGAGAGCUACGUGGCACUGGACAAACAGGUUAACCAGCUGACAAACCAGGUCCCCAAGGAGUCUGCUGGAGCGCCGUACGUGAUGAAGAGCAGGACACUUCAGGAAGCUUUAGUCGACAGCCGCUUCAAGUCCAAGGAUGUCGCGGGACAGCGGAGUGACGACAUGUUCCCUGGGGUGGAUACAGUCCAGUUGGUCAUCGAGCAUGACGGCCCCAGUGAUCCACUGGCAACCAUCUCCAAUGACCCAGGUACUCCCCCCAAUCCAUCUACAUCCUCAUCAUCGUCCUCCUCCACCCUUUCUUCCUCCUCCUCCUCCUCCUCCUCCUCCUCAUCAUCAUCAUCCAUCACCGAGCUUGGUGGCAGUGGUUUAUUAAGUAUCACAGGAUCACAGUACGACAGGAACCCGACCACAACCCACAUGUCCAGGUCAACCAUCACCUGCACCAAGCACACCAGGACAAUCACUGAGCAUACAAAGGACGGCCCGGUGGAAAGGACAGAGGAGGUGGUGGAGGGAGGCCCUGAGUGCCAGACCAUGCCAGACUCACUUUUCCCAGACUCCAGUGGUUCAUCACGCUCAUCCUCCACCUCUUCAUCUACGACCUACAGUGUCCACUCCACCGGUGGACUCAAGAGCAGCAUAUUGGGCGAUACCAAAUCAUUAUCGGGGGAUCCAUUUGCAAUGAGUGGGAUGGAGUUUGGCGGGUUCACGAUUGGCGAUGUAGAAGAUGACGUUCCUGAUUUGCAGGCUCGGAGUAUGAAGAAUGUGCGUGUCGAGCGGCAGGCCGAUUAUAUAGGACAAGAUUGCGUCGAAGCCAACAAGAACCACCUGAAAGGGGAAACAAACGGCCUGUUUAAGAUCAAACUCGGCGGCUCUGACUCCACAAAGGUAGUGGAGGUUUACUGCCAGCAGGAGGGGCUGAUGGGAGGUUGGUUGUUAGUCCAGCAAAGGGAGAGCGGCGCCCUCAGUUUUAACCGCACCUGGGCCGAAUACCGCGAUGGAUUCGGUUCGGUUGACGCAAGGGGUAACGGAGAGUUUUGGCUAGGCAACCAAAACCUCCACCUGUUGACCAAUCAGGGCGAGACCAUGCUUAAGGUGGAGUUGGAGGAUUGGGAAGGGGGCACAGCCAGUGCUCAGUAUACUAUUAGGGUUGGCUCAGAGGAGGAGGGGUACCCGCUGCAUGUGUCCGGAUACACUGGGGAAGCCGGGGACGCUUUAGCGCUGUCCCAUAGUGGGAUGAAAUUUAGCACCUUUGACAGAGACAAUGAUAAGUGGGAGGAGAGCUGUGCGGUGACGUACGGCGGUGGGUGGUGGUACAACAAUUGCCAGUCGGCUAAUUUAAACGGGAUUUACUAUAGAGGAAGGUAUGAUGCCGUGAACAACAGGCCGCAUGAGGUUGACAACGGGGUCGUUUGGGUGACAUUUAAAAAUGCAAAUUACAGCCUGAAAACUGUACGGAUGUUUAUUCGAUCGACUGCUUUUUAGAAAAAUUUAAGGAGGGACACUUCCAGGUAUGCCAAAUUUGUGUUUCAGUCUUAAGAGAAAUUUGGUCAAAAAUAGCAAAUCCGACAGCAUGGAACUGGACUUUGGACUGUUUUUUUGUUGUUUCUGAUUUUUCCAAAUCACUUCAAACAAUGUCAGGGUCUCUGCAUGAGUAUUCCUGUUGAUUCUCUUCCUUCUGUAAAUUUUAUUGACCUUUUGUACGUAAUACCCAACCUGAUGUUCAAACAGUUACUCAACGUUGACCAAUAAUAAAGAUCCAAUGUUCACUUCA